GUUGGUUUUGCGGAUUGCCACUGAUGAUUCCAAAGCAGUUUGUCGACUCAGUGUUAAAUUUGGUGCCACAUUGAAAACCAGCAGGCUUCUGUUGGAACGGGCAAAAGAGCUAAAUAUCGAUGUCAUCGGUGUCAGCUUCCAUGUUGGAAGUGGCUGUACCGAUCCCGAGACCUUCGUGCAGGCAAUCUCUGAUGCCCGCUGUGUCUUUGACAUGGGAGCUGAGGUUGGUUUCAGCAUGUAUCUGCUUGAUAUUGGUGGUGGCUUUCCUGGAUCUGAGGAUGUGAAGCUUAAAUUUGAAGAGAUCACCAGUGUAAUCAACCCAGCACUGGACAAGUACUUUCCGUCAGACUCUGGAGUGAGAGUCAUAGCUGAGCCAGGCAGAUACUAUGUUGCGUCAGCUUUCACACUCGCAGUUAAUAUCAUUGCCAAAAAAAUCGUGUUAAAGGAACAGAUAGGCUCUGAUGAUGAAGAUGAGUCCAACGAACAAACCUUUAUGUAUUACGUGAAUGAUGGAGUAUAUGGAUCAUUUAAUUGCAUCCUUUAUGAUCAUGCACACGUAAAGCCCCUUCUGCAAAAGAGACCUAAACCAGAUGAGAAAUAUUAUUCAUCCAGCAUAUGGGGACCAACAUGUGAUGGCCUUGACCGGAUUGUUGAGCGCUGUGACCUGCCCGAAAUGCAUGUGGGUGACUGGAUGCUCUUUGAAAACAUGGGUGCUUACACUGUAGCUGCUGCUUCUACUUUCAAUGGAUUCCAGAGGCCCACUAUCUACUAUGUGAUGUCAGGACCGACAUGGCAACUCAUGCAGCAAAUCCAGAACCCCGACUUCCCACCUGAAGUAGAAGAGCAGGACGUCGGCCCUCUGCCUGUGUCUUGUGCUUGGGAAAGUGGAAUGAAACGUCACCCGGCAACUUGUGCUUCAGCUAGUAUUAAUGUGUAGAUAUCGUUCUUGUAGCUGUUAACUGCGAGUUUAGCUUGAAUUAAGGGAUUUGGGGGGACCAUUUAACUUAAUUACUGCUAGUUUUGACAUGUCUUGUAAGAGUAGGGUUGCACAUGCAGCAAUAUGGAAGACUAGGAGAUGGGGUCACACUUAUCUGUGUUCCUAUGGAAACUAUUUGAAUAUUUGUUUUAUAUGGAUUUUUAUUCACUUUUCAGACAUGCUACGAAAGAGUGCCCCUCAGCUGCUGAGCAAGCAUUUGUAGCUUGUACAAUGGCUGAACGGGCCAGAAGGUUAGUGUUGUGACCUGUUUUAAAAAUAAAAUAUCUUGAAAUAAUUAGGCA